CACCUACCACCUACCUCCGAGUAUGAGCGAUACUCACAGCACCGCAAUACCACGAACUUCAGCUACAGCGCGCAGGCGGACAGCGGCUAUUCGCGCGUCGGCUUCGCCAGCCCCGCGGUAGCACACACUUAUGGACUCCGACAUAGCUCGCAGCAGCAGCAUUCCAGGGCCCCAAUGUUGCUGCGGCAGCAACGACUGCGCUUUUCUAGCCCACAAUGGAAAGCUGCUCGAGGGCCUAGAACGCGAUGUGUCCAAGGCCGCUCAACUAGGUCAGGCCCUGCUCGUCCGCCAUGAAGCCUACGUCGCCGACUCGGAGAGGGAGCGCAGGCAGAUGACCGCCACGAUCGAAGGCUUGGAGAAAGAGAAGAUGGAGCUGGAGGAGAGGAAUGCGCAGACGAUAAAGGCGAACCGCGACCUUUUGGACCGGCUGGAGCAGUUGAACGAGGCGGUAGCAGCGUCGGACGCCCAAGUACAAGCUCUCACGGAUACGCUGCAUUCAACGGAAGAGGAGAUUCAGCGGCUAAGCUCCCUUGCUGCGCGAACGCAGGCCCUCGAACGGCAGUUGAUCGAUUUGGAGCGGGAGCAGUCGCAGCUGCAGUCCACACUAGAGACGAGCAUCGGGGAUGAGCGGACGGCGGUGCAGCGGUGGAGAAGGGCGGAGAAGACGAUAGCGGAUCUCCAGGACCAAAUCGACCGCAUCGAAAAGGAGGCUCGGGAAGAGCGGGAACGUCACGUCGAGAUUGUCGCACGCAUGGAACGGCGAAUGGCCGUGGACGGAGAGCUGGCAACGGCGGCUGGGAGAUUGAAGGCAAAAGCAGGCCCCGAAAAAGGAGGGACAAAUAUCGUCUCGCACUUUGUUAAGGACAUCCUGCUCGACAACGCGAAUCUUCAGCAUGGUAUUCUCGAGCUGCGGGAAAUGCUGCUUAACUCAAAUGAAGAGGUAGAACGGCUACGGGAGCAGCUGCGAGUCCAUCAGCCCGUCUCUCCCAUGGAGACCACCGACAACGCCGCUACCCCUACGUUGCAGAAAGAGCUGGGAACUGAGCCAGUCUUCAACCAGGAGCUACAUAUCCACCACCAUUACCACGGUUCAACGCCCAAGGCACAGCCGCAUCGAAAACCCAAGAAGAAACGCUUCAGUCUCACACCAACACACUUCACACCACCCGAUCCAUCGACUUCGGCAGCAAUUCUUUCGCAAACUGCUGUAACCGUACCCAAUUCGAAUCGCUGGUCUAACGCGACCACGCUCGCCCCUUCGCUCCCCGGAUCACCACUUUCCAUGUCGCACCGCGGAUCCAUCUAUGACCGCGUGUUCAGCGACGUUCCAUAUGACUCUUCACGGCCUACGAGUCCGUCAGACUCAAUCGACCUCCAAUCACCCAUGUUCACACCCUCUAAGCUAUUCACACAGGACGAUACUUUCCGCCACCACAGAAAGAAAUCGCAAAGCCUGAAACCACCAAGCCUUUCGACAAUUCGUAGUACAAGCACACCCAUCUCCAUCACUGCUAAGAGCAGCCCGGCAACGGCCGUCAUCUCAGCCGUCAGUCCCGCGAACUCGCUCGCAAACGAAGUCUUCACUCUCUCACCAUCUCUCGACCCACAAUCUGCGAUCCGUGAGGAGAGCGAGGAUGCCUCCCUUAACAACGCAGGAUCAGAAUCCCAAGCUUCACCUGAGGAGAUCGAUGACUUGGUAUCUCCAAUGACUCAAAUCCGGCCCCCACUCCUCCGUCGAGCUGCAUCCCACGAAUCGCUCAUCUCCAUCUCCGGAAUGGACAUCCACACUCUUCAAUCUCGACCUUCGCAACUCCUCUCGUCCUCUCCACGCUUCGCCUCCCCUGCCGGAGGCGGCUCACUUAAUCCAGAACUCACGCCCUGGAUCGCAACAGCCACACCGCACCUCUCCCGCCGCAAUCUCGACAGCAGCACCUUCAAUCGCUCGCUGCUCUACUCAAGCAUGGCGUCCCAGAAACGCAACGUCAGCGCCAGCAGCCGGAAGAGCGAAGGGCUGGGGAAGAAGGUUGGUGGCUGGGUGUUGGGGAAAUGGGGCGCUACCCCUGCUCCGUCUUCUCCCCGCCCCGACUCGGCCAAAUCGGGAGAGACCCAAUCUUCGACUGAUACGGUCAAGAAGGGGGCAAAACCGAAGGAGGCGCCUAUUAAGCUGAGACCGCCGGGCAUCAAUCAAUCAGGCCCAAUUUGGGGCUUCUUCGACGUACCGCCUACGCCUACAAAGGUCGUAGUUACGGACCUAGAUGCCGACGCGCUGGGGGAGGCGCUCGCAGAGGAUUAACAUUCUUCUCCUUUCCCCAAGGGAGCCAGUCGCUAAUGCAUUUCCUAUCCUUCCUUUUUUUCCCUUUUGGUCUUGAUAUCCAUCCAUUAUACAGGCCUCAAAGUGGGGCGGCGGGCGUUCGUUUAUCUUGGAUCCAUGGGAGUAGAUUGGAUUUGUCCCAUUGCAUCGUUGGCGUUUUAUACCUCGAGUAGAUUGACGGGAUCAUGGGUUAUGAGUUUGAGUUUGGAUAUUUGACUUUUCUGGCUUUUUGGAUGGAUAUACCCCGACCGACCGACAGACCGACAGACACCGUCCGGUAAUUUCCUAGUGUCUAUCCGCACUUAUUUAGAUCAGGGUAUGGGGAAGUAUUAAUUUGUAGUUAGUUAAUAGACCGAGGGCGACGAUGACUUGAAAACUGA